AGGUUUUCUUCGCGCAGCGCGUGCAUUCCUUGCAUCUCAACAUCUCUUGUGACGUCACUCAGAGAUCAAGUGAACUCGUAGAACUUCGCAACAGCAAGGUUUUAAGCAAUUGUGGAGCAACCAUUGAUUGUUUUGUUUCGUUGCUUCCGACAGAAUUCACAUUUUAGUCCAUUUGUAAGAUGUCUCAGCUACAUCAGGAAGCGUUAAGAAGGCAACACGUUGUUGAUAAGAGAAACGUGAACGACUUGUCCUGGUUGUUGCAGAAAGAUGGCAGCCGUCAGAGUAAGCAGAAUUCCAGCCUUGGCUUGAGAAGUACACACAGUGCCAGCACUCCCAGCCAUUCAUUGCACAGUGGAUUAGCCAUGUGCAGUAGUUCUGGCUCCAGGAGCAAAGAAAUCGUGAUCACUGACCCUUACUUAGAUGCACUAACAAAGGAAACGAAAGCAAGGACCCGAAAUAGAUUAACAUCAACCGACUACAUGAUGCAGUGGUGAGAAACAAGGAGAACAAGAGAUAUUCAAUGCUACUAAGAGUGAAUACUAUGUUUGCUUUAAACUAGCAUCACUUUUUUAAACAGCAUUUGCUUGUAGGACCUCGUUUCCAUCAUGAAUUGUUAUCAGUAUAUUUCGACUGGCAUCUUUUGUCAUGGUUAUUAGCAGGGUCUAGAAGCUCAAAGAUUUUGUUUUUUAUUUUACAUGUUAUUUUCCAAGAAGAGCAUGAAACAUUGUAUUGUCAGUUUCAUACACCAUGUAAAGUCAACUAGAAAUUGUAAAGAAAAUAAAUCAGUCUUAUACUAAUAUAAUUUAUUUUUUGAGAGUGCAAAAUAAAUGUAUACAGUUUUCGCA